AGUCUAUAGAACACAAGGGGAGGGUCAUUAAUAACUAAUUAGAGAGGGUCAAACCAGCCGCAUAUAAAGAGAACCGAGACUUUGAAAAGAGGACCAUUUUCAACUCCGUCGUCUGCCAAGGAGGAAUACCAUUUGGCAGCACAUAAUAUAUCUCGAUAUAGGUUAUAUUUAUUUGCCAAAUUACUUCAUUUUCUGUUUGUUUAAAAUAAAUUAUAUGAAUACAUUAAUAUACAGAACAGGAUAAUUUUGCGUUAAUUUUUAUCCAGUGCAAAAUUACUGUUACGCGACUGAAAUUAGUGGCAGAAUGGGUUCGGUGUUGCCCGCUGAAGCUUUGGUACUGAAGUCUGGAUUUAAACAGCAGAGUCUGUCUCUGUCUGAAAUCAUUACCUCAGACAUUCUCCACAGCUUUCUCUAUGGCCGGUGGAGGAACGUGCUGGGGGAGCAUCUCUUCGAAGAAAAGGCCAAUAGCGUCAGUCCGAAAACCGCCUUCACUGCAGAGGUCCUCGCGCAGUCCUUCUCGGGAGAAGUUCAGAAGCUGUCGAGUCUGGUGCUGCCGAGUGAAGUUAUCAUUGCACAGAGCUCCAUCCCCGGGGAGGGACUCGGUAUUUUCUCCAAAACGUGGAUCAAGGCUGGCACGGAGAUGGGUCCAUUCACCGGCAGAGUAAUCUCACCGGAGCACGUGGACCUCUUCAAAAACAACAAUCUCAUGUGGGAGGUGUUCAAUGAGGACGGGACAGUGCGCUACUUCAUCGAUGCCAGCCAGGAAGAUCAUCGCAGCUGGAUGACUUAUAUCAAGUGCGCACGCAAUGAGCAAGAGCAGAACCUGGAAGUUGUGCAGAUCGGGAGCAGCAUCUUCUACAAGGCGGUGGAGACUAUUCCCCCAGACCAGGAGCUGCUGGUGUGGUACGGAAACUCCCAUAACACAUUCCUUGGGAUUCCAGGGGUCCCUGGUAUGGAGGAAGAGCACCAGAAAAAAAAAACUGACGAGUUUCACCUGUGCGACGGGUCCUCGUCCUCAUCCUCCUCCUCCUCGUCGUCGUCCUCCUCCUCCUCGAGCACGAGCCGCAUGCGCUGCGUCAUCUGCCACCGCGGGUUCAACUCCCGCAGCAACCUGCGCUCCCACAUGCGCAUCCACACGCUGGACAAGCCCUUCGUCUGCCGCUUCUGCAACCGGCGCUUCAGCCAGUCCUCCACGCUGCGCAACCACGUCCGGCUGCACACCGGCGAGCGCCCCUACAAGUGCCACGUGUGCCAGAGCGCCUACUCUCAGCUGGCGGGCCUGCGGGCGCACCAGAAGAGCGCCAGGCACCGGCCCACCAACACGGGCGCCGUGGUGGCGCUGCAGACGCACUCUCCGCCCCCCCCUCAGAUGACCCCCGUGCCGCACCCCGCCUCCCUGGUACACCACAUUCCCACCAUGGUGCUGUGAGGGUGGGGGGGUGCCCACGCUCAUUCCUGCAGACACAGCCAUGCCCACGCUCACUGUGUCACUCACACUACCGCACACACACUCACUCUCUCACUCGCACAA